CGGAGUUCACUGGGGAUGUAAAGGAGAGUUUGAGGGACCACUGGCGUCUGCGCAACGCGCCCAGAUCGCGCCCUGAGCGCGCCCCCACCGCCCUCCACCGGGGAUUCUCUCACAGGUCUGUGUUCGCAGGGACGUUUCCGCCUCCAUUUCCACCCCGUCACUCAUCUGAGCCGCAGCUCGACGCGCCAUCGCACCCCGCGGGCGGCCAACACCAUGCCGGGACUGCUGCUCGGAGAAGUCUUUCCCAAUUUCGAGGCAGACACCACGGCUGGGAGAAUUAAACUCCACGAGUUUCUGGGCGAAUCAUGGGGCAUACUGUUCUCCCACCCCAGAGACUACACUCCCGUGUGCACCACAGAGCUGGGCCGGGCCGCCAGAAUGUGCGGCGAGUUCAAGAAGCGCAACGUCAAAAUGAUCGCCCUGUCCAUCGACUGUCUGGAAGAUCACCAUAGCUGGAGCAAGGACAUCCUGGCUUACAACUGCGAGGACUCGGCCAGCCGCUCGCUGCCCUUCCCCAUCAUAGCGGACAGCAAACGGGAGCUGGCAGUGGCCCUGGGCAUGCUGGACCCUGUGGAGAAGGACAAAGACGGCAUGCCCCUCACUGCCCGCUGCGUGUUUAUCAUCGGUCCUGACAAGAGGCUGAAACUGUCUCUGCUCUACCCGGCCACCACCGGACGCAAUUUCGACGAAAUCCUACGAGUGGUCGACUCCCUCCAGCUCACAGCCGAUUGGCGAGUGGCCACGCCGGCCGACUGGAAGCCUGGAGACUGUGUGAUGGUGCCUCCAAGUUUGUCUGAGGAGGAGGCUGCGUCUCGUUUCCCGGCUGGCGUCUACAGCAAAGACCUGCCCUCCGGAAAAAAGUACCUGCGCUACACGCCCCCCGUGGGAGCGCAGGGAGACUGCAUAUACAGUAAAAUCAGCCUCGCCAACAUCAAAUGAUUCCCGAGCCUCGCCUCAAAGAAAACAACGGGCGAAGGAUGCUAGUUUGUUCGUUUUAACACAAAAAAGUAACACUUGCCCACCUGGCAUUUCACCAGCAGGGUUGGGGAUUUUGCUUCAUAUCGUUUACCCAUCACUCACUUCCUCUUUUCAGUGUGACAGUCGAGGCUUUAUGUUGCAGUUCAUUCCACGGGAGCAAAUAGAGUUUGCAUUGUCUGCUUUACUGUUUUAUCUGAUUAACCGACUCCUACAUUACCUUGUUAGAAAGGGUUACAGCGAGUAAAAUAGUCAACUCUAGCAUGUUAAGUGAUAAAUUAUUGCCUGGGUAGGCACUUUCAUGGAAGCACUCAUGUAUCCAUCGUCUUUGUCGGGAAUAAUAAAUGCAUGACAUUACGGAGUUAACAUUGGCUGCUCCUUUCAUUUUUACUCCCUUUAUCCGACCAUUUAUAUAGGAAUGUGCUGGUUUUCUUUUUUUUUUUUUUAUCUUGGGCAUGUUAACACUCAACUGUGAAUCUCUAAAGCAAAAGUCUAUUGUACUUAUUUAUGAUAGACAAUUUAUCAAAGAGCCCAGUUUGAAAAUUAGCUGUAGGAGUUUGCUAUUAUCUCAGAAAAAAAUUGUUUGCUCCCAUUUUUUUUUGCAAUAAUAUAUAUAUAUUUUUAGGUUUACACCGAUGAAUGGACCUAAAACUGUAUUUUUUGGCAUCAACAGUAAAAAACUUCACAUACCAGCCUGGUGUUUUGCGCUUCCCUAUAACUUAGGUGGGGCUAAAAGCACAGGUGUAAGGCCUAAAAAAAGCAGAAUAGCUACCACAGCUAUAAUUGAAACAUGCACCUUUGAGAAAGAAGAAAGAAAGCCAGCAAAUGCCAGCAAACUUCCACCCACUGUUCACUGAAGAGUGCUCUCCAAGAAGUAGUUAUCA